CGAGCGCAUUCAGGUGAGGUGAUGGUCAUCUUGUUUCCUGAUAAUCAACAUCAUGGCGUCCCCUGUGAGAUUAAAACCACAGCCGAAACCACGACCCAGCAAACGGACCAGUGGUGCCGCAGCGUCCCCAGUCGCCGCUGGUGCCACUAGUCUUAUGCCGAAGACUUCCGAGUAUUCAGAACCCAAAGACACGAAGCAUGUGAAGGAAGAAGUCAUAUAUGCCACACCGGGCGAAGCGAACGUGUACGAUGCUCCGCAACAGGCCAAUGUGUACGCAACACCUGACGAGAGCAGUCGGACAACUAGUCCGGUGCACAGCAGCAAGCCUGGUUCGCCCGUCAUGGAGUGGGACGGGUACCAGACUCAGACGUCGCGGGACAGCCAGCGUUGGGACCGCACCCCUCCGGAAAUCCCCCAUUUUGAUCUGGACUCGGACGAUCGCGAAACCGACUCCGAUGAGGACUCUGGCGAAUGUUGUCCUGGUCGCUGCGAACCGUGUAAAGCCGUCUUGCGGCCAUGCAUGGCGCAGUAUAAUCCACUGCCGGACAACCCGUCCCUGUGCGUUCGCCUAAAGCACGCCCUCUUGUGCCCACCCCACGGGCGCAUGUCUAGGGAUCUGACGUUGGUUCUGCUGGUGUUUCUGUCCUGGGGUGUGGUGUGGGGUGCGACGGGGGAUGCGGCUCUGCCAGGGGGAACCUUCUUCGCGUUGUACGUGCUGACCAUUUGCUGCAUUCUUGGAGGAUUUUUGGUGAAACUUGUUCGACUGCCGCCCUUACUAGGUAUGCUGAUCGUCGGUUUCAUCCUUCGCAACGUCCCGCGCAUCAACAUCGCCGUGGAUAUUGACAAGGAGUGGUCGUCGGGACUCCGGAGCGUGGCGCUGGUCGUGAUCCUGAUGCAGGCCGGUCUGGGGCUGGACGCCAAGGCGUUACGGAGCCUGAGCAUGGUGUGCGUCCGGCUGUGCUUCUUGCCGUGUCUGGUGGAGGCCUGCGUGGCUGGGGUGGUGUCGCACUUCCUACUUGGUUUACCAUGGGUUUGGGGCUUUAUGUUGGGCUUUGUUCUCGGCGCAGUCACACCGGCCGUGAUCGUCCCUUCAUUGCUGUCCCUCCAGAAGCGAGGUUACGGUAUCGAUAAGGGCAUUCCUACGUUAGUGAUCGCGGCGGCAAGCUGUGAUGACGUCCUUGCAAUAAGUGCCUUCGGAGUGAUACUGGGUGCUGCCUUUGCAACAGGUGAUCUUGUCUACAAUAUUCUACGAGGGCCACUGGAGUUGGUCGUCGGUGUUGCGUUUGGCUGUCUCGGUGGGGUAGUUCUGUGGUACCUACCAGACCGGUUUCAGAAUGCAUUUGUUCUGCGACGCACCGUGCUGCUAUUUGGUGGGGGGCUUUUUGCCGUCUUCGGCAGUGCUGCAGUGAAGUUUUCCGGUGCGGGAGCCCUCGGUUGCCUGACGAUGGCGUUUGUAGCCGGACAUGGCUGGAAAAAGAAUAAGGAGCCUAUUGUGAAGAACAUUGAUUUGCUGUGGAUCAUCUUUGAACCCUUGCUGUUCGGUCUGAUUGGUGCAGAAGUUGCCAUAGAAACAGUGCAGCCAGCUACCAUUGGGCUUGGCCUGGCAACGCUGUUCAUCGGGCUGGCCGCCAGGCUACUUGCGUCGUUCCUAGCCGUCUGCAGAGCAAAGAUGAAUCUGAAGGAGAAGUUGUUUAUCGCCCUCGCUUGGCUGCCUAAAGCAACUGUACAGGCGGCGAUCGGACCAGUGGCCCUGGACACAGCGAUCAAGCACGGAUCUGGAGAGUACAUAGAGCUAGGAACACAGCUGUUGACCGUUGCAGUUCUCUCAAUCCUGGUUACGGCUCCGCUGGGGGCUAUCGCCAUAGCGCUGGCCGGGCCCCGCCUACUCAGCAAAUCCAUCAAUGAAAAGCCCAGAGACAACAACAACCGCCGACCAAUCAUCCAUCUGGUACCUAUAGGGACACCCCCCGAGAGCGAGGUAGUCGAACUAUCCCCCGUCAGCCCGGAACCCGAUCGUUCCAAUCCACUAAAUAGGUUGGUUGCGGUUGUUGAAAGCGACGAUAAAGUUUGAAGAAAUGAAUUGACUUGAGACUACUUAACGAGAAGGACUAAGCUUUUGACCCAUCAUACAUCUGGUAGGGACACCCCUGAGAGCGAGGUAGUGGAACUAUCCCCUGUCAGCCCGGAACCCGAUCGUUCCAAUCCACUAAAUAGGUUGGAUGCGGUUGUUGAAAGUGACGAUAAAGUUUGAAGAAAUGAAUUGACUUGAGACUACG